AUGCCUGGUUUUAAACCGUUCCGACCACCCCGAAAUCCCUAUCCUAUACCAUUACAAGCCCGGAAAGGGGCCUUGAAGGUCGUCAAACAGGACGCCGACGUCCCGAACGUGCCCACGUCUACCCUCGCGUCGGUGCGCACGCCGGAAGUGGGCCUGCGUGUUCGUCUCCAGGCGGGAGACAGCGGCUGGUCCUGCGGUGUCAGAACUGGCGCCAAUGCUUCGGCAUUAGAGAAAGAGAUUGGUCCAGAGCAGUUUCCAGUCAACGAGCACUAUUUUGGAUUAGUUAAUUUUGGGAAUACCUGCUACUGCAAUUCAGUUCUUCAAGCACUUUAUUUCUGUCGUCCGUUUCGGGAAAAAGUUCUAGCAUACAAGAGUCAACCUAGGAAGAAGGAGAACCUUCUUACAUGCUUAGCAGAUCUCUUCCACAGCAUAGCCACCCAGAAGAAAAAGGUUGGAGUGAUACCUCCUAAGAAGUUCAUAACGAGAUUACGAAAAGAAAAUGAGCUUUUUGACAACUACAUGCAACAAGAUGCCCAUGAAUUCUUAAAUUACCUACUAAAUACAAUUGCUGAUAUUUUACAAGAAGAGAGAAAGCAGGAAAAACAAAAUGGUCGCUUACCUAAUGGUAAUAUUGACAGUGAAAAUAACAACAGCACACCAGACCCAACGUGGGUCCAUGAGAUUUUUCAGGGAACAUUAACUAAUGAAACCAGAUGUCUUACUUGUGAAACUAUAAGCAGCAAAGAUGAAGAUUUUUUAGACCUUUCUGUUGAUGUGGAACAAAACACAUCAAUUACUCACUGCUUAAGGGGUUUUAGCAACACAGAAACUCUGUGCAGUGAAUACAAAUAUUACUGUGAAGAGUGUCGCAGCAAACAGGAAGCACACAAACGGUAACUUAGUGUUUUUUGAAUUAUUUAGUGAUUCUUUGGCAGUGGAUAUUAUAGAUGGCCGUUUCUAG